ACUGAGCCAUCUGUUGCUGCCGCUGUCACUGCCCCCUUCUCGUCGAAGACCUCCCAUCGUGCGUCGACAAUGGUUGCCUCCAAGAAGACCAAGAAGACCCAUGAGAGCAUUAACAACAGAUUGGCUCUCGUUAUGAAGAGUGGGAAAUACACUUUGGGUUACAAAACUGUCCUCAAAUCCCUUAGAAGCUCCAAAGGUAAGUUGAUUAUCAUUGCCAACAACUGCCCUCCUCUUAGGAAGUCGGAGAUCGAGUAUUAUGCUAUGUUGUGCAAGGUUGGAGUUCACCAUUACAACGGAAACAACGUAGAUUUGGGCACUGCGUGUGGCAAAUAUUUCAGAGUGUGCUGCCUUAGCAUUAUUGAUCCUGGUGACUCUGAUAUCAUUAAGAGCAUGCCUGGAGAUCACUAAGUUACUGGGGAUAGCAUAUCUUAAUAGGUUUUGUUUUGAUUUAGUUGCUUCAAAUUAAUUGAUAGUUUGAAACCUUGGUGUUGGAGAGAACUUCACUCUGAAAUUCAUAACUUAUGUUGUUGCUAUCUGCUUGUUUGGCCGCUGUUCUGGAGAUUUCGAGUCAAUUUUUCGGCAUUGCCUACAUUUUAAAGGACCCCUGCAA